AUGGGGCGGCCCAUCUCCAUCACCCAUCCGCUCCGCCCCCAUCCCUCGCCGUCCUUUUCCUCCAGAUCUAUAUAACCCCUCUCAUGCUGCCCGUCUCCCCUCGUCUCCCUCCAGCGCACCUUAGCACAUACCCACCAACACACUCCCCGUCUUCACCAUGAUCCGCUUCGACACCCUUCCGCCAGAGGUCAUGCAGGCCAUGUGCACCCCCAUGCACCUCGUCAUCCCUGCGUCCACCGCCGCCCACACCGGCGCCCUCUACAUUGGCUCCUUCUCCGCUGUCCUCGACCAGGCAGUUCUCGACCAGGCCCACAUCUCCGCCCUCGUCCAGGUCCUUGACGCGCCUUGGGUCCCCGAGUCCACCUCUUCCUCCAAGCCCCUCGAGUCCUUCCGCCUCGACAUCCUCGACAGCUCAUCGGUCGACAUCCGGCCAUACUUGGAUGCGACAGUGCGGUGGAUAGACGAUCGGUUGCGUAGGGGAGUGAACGUGCUCGUGCACUGUCAGCAGGGCGUAUCUCGCUCGGCCGCGAUCGUCAUCGCAUACCUCAUAUACACGCAGAACAUGACAUACGACUCGGCCUUCAACUUUGUCAAGCGUAGGCGCGCCUGCAUCAAGCCCAACUCUGGGUUCGUCAAGGCAUUACAGGAGUGGGAACAGAAGUGGAGGCGUGCCAACCCAGAUAACCGUCCAUCUAUGCGUAGGGCCGCUACGACCCCGCGCUAGGCUAUCGGGCGCGUCAUGACCCGUCUCGUCUGCCUGUAUAUCGCUCCGCGUCGGGGAGGGUGGAUGGUUGAGCAUGCGUCUGGUGAGGAACGGCGUGAGUUGGCUAUUGUCCUAUUUUAUUGCAAUCCGUUUCCAUCUUCCGCCUGUCGCAUGCUGUUCUACUUCGGGCCCACACCAAAACUAUAAAACCCAAGGUCAGAACACUGACAAAGACAUUUCGUACACAUACACUCCCUGCACAUGUGUUGGGCCCGCUAUAUCAUUAGUCUAUCUGACGGAUAAUGGUCGUUUGCAUUUCGUAGGGUACCUCGUCUUCAUGCACGCAUAUAUCUACGGCAUUGAUUGUCUGUUUUGUCGCAAUAUACUUGUAUCUUUGUACUAUCAGCAACGCACAGUGGGUCAGCUUUCUGGCUAACGUUCGCACGUUCCCAAGGCC